GUAUAAAUCGUCUUUUCUGAAGAUAUUAGCGAGUGAUUAUAGUACCAGACUGAGAUUAGUGGCACGCACACUAUGCGCAGUGCACACCCACCAGAUGACGCACCUGUUAAACGGGUACCUGGCUCUGUUUACAGACUGGAAGGGUAGAUAUGUAGAGAGAACGAUGGACCCCGAGAUAGCUGCGGUCUCUGAAACCAAAGGAGUCAGGCCCCGGCGUGUUCACUCGCUGUUCGUAGAGGAUUCCUGCUGUUGUGCUUGACAUGAAUGUUUGUCUAACAACUUCUUAUACAUUUCUUAGAGGGGAUGAAUAUAUACUGCAUAUGCAAACACGCCAACACAGGAGUGGGGCAGGUCAAAUAUGUGCUACAUGUGAAAUAGAUAAGAGCGAUCUUUGGUCCAGAAUAGUUUGUGCAAGUUGACAUACCCUCCAUUUACUUUCUGCAUAAAAAACAACAACACAAUACAACUUUGUUAAUCCACGAGGGCAACUCCAGAUAACACAACUGACUCUAGAGGUGCUUCUGACCCACUCUACAGCAGAGUGUAUAGCACUUCAUCACCGGUAGUUGUUUGAUAAAACCAGAGGCUGAGGCUGGUGAAUAAGCGCCGGUCCUUGUUAGUUGCUACAGUUAAGACAACGGUUCAACCUAGAGGGACGAGAGAAGUCCCGGGGUGACACGCGGCAGGACCAAGGAAGGACGCCACGAGGAAGACACGUGACUGACACAGGACGGUGCCAGAGUCUCUGCGCGAGAGAAAGAAGGCCGCGACGAUCGACGGAGGGACAUCAACUGAUCCUCAGACGUCGACGACAUCGGAGGGCUCAAUCACGUGGCAAGAGACUUUGUGUGUGAGAGAUAAGCAGAGUAUGACGUCGUCAAAGCCAGUGCUACACAUCGCCGAGUGGGAGCCAAAAUAUAUCAUAGAGACACUUCACCAGCUUGCGCCAGACUUGGCCAUCAGAAGAAUUCCAGUUCCAGAUUUCUAUUCAAUAUGUCAACCAGAAGACAUUGGCAACCCAGAAGAAAUUGAACUACUAGUCUGUUCUCCUUUCUUUUUGAUUAAACUGACUGAAGCCGGAAUCCAUUUGCCUAACCUCCGGUGGGUGCACAGCGUGGCGGCAGGUUUAGACAAGAUAAAGGGCUAUUUCAAAGAAACUAAACCGGAGCCUCGCUGUCUCCUGACGCGCGCGCCACGCAUCAAUGGCGCGUGUGUGGCCGAGUAUGUGGUGGGUCAGAUCCUCUGCACCAGGCGCCAGUUCUUGGAAUUCUACGACCAGCAGCGUGUGGCAGUGUGGAACAGGAGAACUGGUCUGACAGAAUCCUUGAAUGGCGCCACAGUAGUCGUAUUGGGAAUGGGAAACAUUGGCACACGUGUUGCCAAACUAUGCAAAGCUUUUGAGAUGGUUGUGCACGGGGUCACCCGCUCCCCCGUCACUAGUGGACAAGGGUCGCCACAUGUGGAUGUAUACUGGACUUCUGAUCAGUUGGAGCAAGCUCUGGCCGAAGCAGACGUCAUUGUGAGUUGUCUCCCGUCCAGCCCUCAGACGGUUGGUCUGCUGGACAACAGGUUACAGGUGUGCCAGAAAAAGAAACCUGUUUUGAUCAGUGUCGGAAGAGGCGAUGUGAUAUCUGAAGAAUCUAUUAUCAAGGCAGUGAGAUUAAACUGGAUCACGAAGGCAGUUCUCGAUGUGUUUGCUGUGGAACCACUACCCGCCGACAGUCCGCUGUGGAAAGAGCCAAAUGUUGUGAUUACACCACACAUCGCCAUGGAUUACAACUCGCUCGCCGUAUCACAGAUCGCGAGGCAUAUCCUGGACAACUACAAGCGCUUCUUGAACAAUGAGCCUUUGGUGGAUGUUGUUGAUAUUACAAAUAUGUAAUUAAUUGUC